UCUCCCCCCUAUCUUCAUUAAACUAGCCGUUACCUCACUCUCUCUAAACCCUCUUUCUCUCUACCUCCAUCAAUGGCUGCUUCUGUAGAAACUUCAUCACCUAUUCAUACCAAAAAGGAAAGUGGAAGCUUGAUCAUGGUUUCUGAAUCUUCUUCUCCAUCCUCUGACAAGCGUCUCUGGAGCAGUCUUCGUAACAGGAUAGAUGUUCUUCUCGACGAAAAGAGCAAAGACCACAAACCCAUUUCAAAUUCCCCAUUGAUAGCUCAAAAGACUGUUGGAGAAUCAGAGAGAGCAAAGAUACUAAAGAAUGAUUCGUUGCUUUUGCUUAAAGGGUUUGACUCUGUUUCUCAUACUCUGUCUCAGCUUUCUAGCAAUCUCGACAAUGCUCUUCAGGGAGUUAGAGAAUUAGCUAAACCACCUACAUUGUCUGAGAUACUCCACUCGAAACUCAAAUCUGAUCAGAUCCAACAGCAACAAACAGAACAAGAAGAAGAAGAAGAGAGUAAAGGGAAGAAGAGGAAACACGAGUCUGAUGCUGAGCUAAAGGAAGAUUCGUCUGAUGAAGAUGAGAAGAAACCAAAAGAGAGGAAGAUAAUGAAAAGAGCUAAGAACAUUGCGAUAUCAAUGGCUUCGAAGGCAAAUUCGCUUGCAAGAGAGCUUAAAUCCAUAAAAUCCGACAUGAGUUUCAUCCAAGAGCGUUGUGGACUGCUUGAAGAAGAGAACAAAAGACUCAGAGAUGGGUUUGUGAAAAGUGUUAGACCUGAAGAAGAUGAUCUGGUGAGGCUGCAAUUAGAGGUGUUACUUACUGAGAAAGCGAGAUUAGCCAACGAGAAUGCGAAUUUGGUUAGAGAGAACCAGUGUCUGCACCAGAUGGUGGAGUACCAUCAGAUCACAUCUGAAGAUCUCUCUGCUUCUUAUGAACAAGUUGUUCAAGGUUUAUGCUUAGAUUUCUCAUCCCCUUUUGCUGAAAUCGAUUAUGAACACGAAGAAGAAGAGGAAACAAUAGCUCUUGAUGUCUCAAAAUCCCUCAACGAGAGCUUUGAAAGAGCAGAAGAAGAGCAACAUUGAUAAAGACGUUGUUGAGCAGAUUCUCGGUCUCCAAGAUAUAAAGUUGUAAUAUCAUUCCACUGUUUGUUGUAAUAAUUGGGUUCCAUAACCUUCUGAGCUGAUUCUUGGUCUCUAAGAUAUAAAGUUGUAACAUCCUUCUUGUAAUAAUUUUAGAUGAUAGACAUCUAUACUAAUCUUUUGC